GACAUCCAUGCUACGUUAAUCAAAUGAGGAAUAUCUCUGAACUGCACAAUAAGAUGCGAAUAUUAAUAUUGAAGUCACAGAAUAGUCUGUAAAUUGAAGACGUCAGUGCAGCCGGACAAAUGAGUGUGCGUGCUUUGUGGAUUAUUUCUCAUGAAAAAGGAGAAAAUGUGUCAAUACUUUUUACAAGGAGGUUUGCUACUGUGGAGCACCGUGCAAAGAUCCUGGCAGGUUCCUCAUAUAGGGCAGUCCCAGAAGACAACACUGUGCUGCAGCUCCUGCUCACUGAGUUGGGGCUUUCAGACUCCAACAAGUCCUAUGUAGCUCUCAGAGAUGAUUGCCUUCAUCGUCAGCGUCUACCAGCCCUGGAGCUGUGGGUGGACGGUCCUGGAAAGGGAUUUCUUUGGCCAGUGUUGGCCAUCUCCCACGGGCCUCUUACCCUAGCUUGCUUGCCUUUAGUGGAUGUCCCUGUUGAGCCACGGCCACCCCUUGCCAGCCUGCUGUCUGUCUCCCAGGGCCUUACACUCUUGGCAGGUCUGCAGACUUUUCUCCUUGGCUCUGGGGGUAAGCCUGAUAGGGAGGGGCUGGCCUCUCGCCUUGCGAUGCUGCCCUCUGUGCUCUUGCAGGUUUGUCCACUUGGCACACCCCUGGAUGUGCCACUACUGGGGCCACCUGCUACACCCACAGUGCCCGCUCCUGCAGGGAACCAGAAGCAGCCAGCCUGGAAGACGGGGCUCCACCGUGGUCGAGCAGUGGUCAACAUAGCACUGACAGAAACAGUGCGCUCCAUGCAGUAUGGUAACAGGAGCAGGCAGGACCUGUGGGAUGUUUAUGGCACUGUGACAUGCAAAUGUGAAGUAGAAGGGGUGCUCCCAAAUGUAACAGUGACCCUCACACUGCCACCAAAUGGUUCUCCGCUACAGGACAUCCUGGUCCAUCCUUGUGUCACCUCACUGGAUUCUAGUAUCUUGACUGCCAGCAGUGUGGAUAACAGUGAUGGCUCAGCUUUCUCAGGGCCAUAUAAGUUCCCCUUCUCUCCUCCUCUGGAGCCUUUCAGACUAUGCAGCUAUACAUCUCAGGUCCCCGUUCCACCUAUCCUUGGUUCGUAUCAAGUGAGGGAAGAAGAGAACCAGCUGCGUGUGUCAGUAACCCUUAAACUUCAUGAGAGUGUGAAGAACAGCUUUGAGUACUGUGAAGCACACCUGCCAUUCUUUAACAGGGAUCAGAUGGGUGUUGUGGAUGUUAAGGUGAGCGCCGGACAGCUGGAGGUUUCAAAGGAGAAGAACCUGUUGGUCUGGGGCCUGGGACAAAAGUUCCCUAAAUGUCGUGAGGUCACAAUGGAGGGCAAGAUCAGCUUUUCUGGGCCGAUACCAGGACCUACUGACCCUCUCUGCAGAGAACUUACAGCCUAUAUCAAGUUGUAUUUCAAAGUGCCUGACAUGACGCUCUCUGGGUGCUGUGUGGACCAGCAUUCAGUGCAGGUUUAUUCCUCUGCCAAACCUCGGAUUGUAACAUCCCGAGAACUUCAAUCCAAAGAGUACUUCAUAUGGAAUUCAACAGGAACUGCUCCGGUAGCCUCUGGGCAGAUGAUGCUGUAGCAUGGAUACACAAAUAACAGCGCGGUGGAAAAGUGCUUAGUUCACUAUACUGUCACAGGACUAAAGACUGUCAAGCAUAUACAGUGAUCCAGACUGGAUGUGACCCCGUAAAUUAAAACUAUCCUGUUGUUACUGCUGAUCUUACAAAUGAUAGGACAUAUAAAUAAAUGUCAUCAUUAUUAUUAUCAAAUAAUUACAUGUAAAAGACCUAAUC